CAUAUUCACAAUUCACCCGCACCGACACCCCCAUUGGCAUUUGGGCAUAAUCCCAAGUGAGUGAAUCAGUUACUCUUUUGUAUUCCCACAACUUCCCAUUCCACCCACCAUCACAUUUUCCUCCCCAUUUCCUCCUUAAUCCAACAAAAUCAAACUAAUAAACACACCAAAUCUCAAAUAAACAUGCUUUCUUCCUUGUUUUCCACUCUUUUCCCCACUUGUUCGUUCCUCCAUUAAUGCUCUUGCUAGCCUAACACAAACAAAGGACAUAAAAGGAGUGCACUUAUUCCAAGGUCCACAAAUUUAUGUCAAUCCCAAUAUCUUUUUCUCCUGAAUUUUACCCAUGAAACUGACCUUUCCUACAUUUAAAUAAACCCCAUUGCUUUUUUGAUUAAGUAGAGGAGCGAUCUGCUCGUAAGGGCUGCUUAAUAUUACAGUAAAGGUGCAGACUGCAGAACCAUCUUUUGUAUUUUGAUUGCCUUUUAUGUUUCGGCUCUUUUAAGGCAUUCAUAGUUGAACUAUUUUGCCGUAUAUACUUCUAGGCGAGGGAUUUGAAAGGUGAGGUGAAUAACUAUGAGGGAGUCGGAGAAGAAGAAAGUUCAAAAGAACAAUCAAACAAAACAAUUUGUGAGAACACCAAGGAGAGAAAAUAAAUCGGUUCAAGACAUUGGCCGUAGACCCUCAAAUGCAAAAGAAUCUAAUCCUAAGGCUUCGCGUGCCAAGCCUGCGUCUAAUAGCGUUGUGAGUGAUACCAAUGUGGGCACCGAGCCCCCGGAAGUUUAUGAAAAUGUUGUUAUACAUUAUGUGGAUGAUGCAUACAGGUCAGGGGAUGCAGUUCAAGUUCCUAACGGGCAGGAACCCGCUGCAGCUGGAGAUAAGUCUGAUGAUUUAGAGGAUAGUUCUAGUGAGUUCGGGAAGGAUAUUCAACCGACAAAGGGAGAUGAUUCCGAUUAUGAAUCUUUAAAAGGUUCAACAUUGUCUCAAGAUGACGAUGAGAAAAUAGAUGGAGCUCCCACUAUGACUAAAAAUAAUCUUAAGAGUAGUUCAUCUGAUGUUUCAUCUCAUGCCUCUAAGAGCAACGUGGGUGUAAAAUCGUUCGAUUCCUCUCCACCAAGAAAGCCGAUGAAUUCCAAUGGUUCACAUGUGCAUGCAACAGAUUCUUCCGAUGACAAAAAGUCUCCGUUGACAAAUCAAGAACUGUUUGAUGAUGCUUCAAAUGACAUUAAAAGUACUGAAAGUGAUGAUGAUAGUGUUGGUGCUGAAGAAAAUGUCGACUUUGAGCAAGAAAAAGCAGCCUUGAAACAAAAGGCUGAGAUCAUGGAAAGUAAGCUUGAAAAGCUGGAGGAUGAGCUUAGAGUAGUUGCUGCUCUUGAGAUCUCUCUUUAUUCUGUGAUACCCGAGCAUGGGAGCUCUGCACACAAGGUGCAUACACCUGCUCGACGUCUUUCUCGACUGUAUAUACACGCGUGCAAACAUUGGAGUCGGAAUAAGAGAGCGGCAAUUGCUAAAAAUAUUGUUUCAGGGCUUAUUUUGGUAGGCAGAACAUGUGGAAAUGAUGUUGCAAGGUUAAUGUUUUGGCUCUCCAACGCUGUCGUUCUGAGGGAAAUCAUCUCACAAGCAUUUGGCAUCUCUAGCCAGACGAGUCCUCCCACGCUCAGUGUGCCAAUUGUUAGUAAGAAUUCUAAUAGGAAGCAAGUGAAUAUGAUCAACCAGAUGUUUGAAGAUUGGGAAGAAACCAGUACUUUCACUUCUUCUUUAGGAAAAGUUGAGUCGUGGAUUUUCUCUCGGGUCGUUGAGUCGGUCUGGUGGCAGGCACUAACACCGAAUAUGCUAUCGCCUGUCGAGGAAUUGAUCAGCCAAAAGAGCAUCGGAAAAUUGCUAGGUCCAUCUUUGGGCGAUCAACAACAAGGAACCUUAUCCAUUGAACUGUGGAAAAAUGCAUUUCAGAGUGCAUUUGAGAGGCUUUGUCCUGUUCGUGCUGCAGGGCAUGAAUGUGGAUGUAUCCCCGUAUUGGCAAGGACGGUGAUGGAACAAUGUGUUGAAAGAUUAGACGUGGCUAUGUUCAAUGCGAUUCUUAGAGAAUCUGCUCAUCAGAUUCCGACAGAUCCAGUUUCAGAUCCCAUAGUAGACUCGCGGGUUCUACCAAUUCCAGCCGGAGACUUCAGCUUUGGGUCCGGUGCUCAACUAAAGAAUUCAGUUGGCAAUUGGUCGAGGUGGUUUUCUAAUCAUCUUGGCUUGGAAUUGGACACCCUCCCGAGCGAUGAUCCUGAGACCAACAAUGAUGAUCACCAGACUACACGGGCCAAAACUAAAUGUUUCUGCCUUCUUAAUGAACUGAGUGAGCUCUUGAUGCUCCCUAAAGAUAUGCUUAUGGACGAGUCUAUAAGAAAAGAGGUUUGUCCUUCGAUUAAUCUCGGUGUGAUCAAACGAGUCUUGUGCUACUUCACUCCCGAUGAGUUUUGUCCAGAUCCUGUUCCCGGAGAGGUCUUAGAGGCACUGAAUGCCGAGAGUUAUGUAGAGCGGAGGGUAGCUGGAGAUUCUUCCGUAAGCUUCCCUUAUGCUGCGCCCGGUGUUUCUUACUUGCCUCCAUCACCAAGUGACGUUUCAGAGAAAGUUGGCGAAGCAGCAGGGAAACCUCAUAUCAAAAGGAAUGUGUCUAUGGUUCAGAAGAAAGGUUAUAUGAGCGAUGAAGAAUUGGACGAUCUUGAUUCUCCACUAGAAUCCUUCAUCGAGCAAUCAUCACCAUGUACUUUGCAAAAUGGGAAUUCGAGCCUGAAGUCCAAAGAACAAACUGGCCAUGGAGGAAACGCAAGGUAUUUGCUUCUGCGCGAGGUUUGGUCUUCGUAGAAGUUCGUGCUUCCACUUGUGUUUCUUGUAGCUGUAUACGUGAUGUAAAGAACUAUGAACUGCAACAAGUUUAGUAUGUUACAUUCAAAUAUGUCGUGUUGAGAAGUUAAGAGGAUCACGUCUUCGAGUUUAAGGUGUAAAGAAAAGAAGUUCGCUUUAGAAUAAUGAGUAAAGAAAAACCGAAAAUUCGAUUUGUUCUCGUUGGUUGCCUAUCGAUUUUUUUAGAUUGAUUGUCA